AUUUGUGUUGGUUUUUAUGUCUUUUUCAGCAAACUUUGUCAUCAUCUUUUUCGCCGCGGGGUUCGGUCGGGCUAUAGCCAUGCUCUUCCUGGACUUUGUGGAACAGUUUGACUCCACCGUCACUACCACAUCCAUCAGUUUCGCCCUCCAGAUGGUCUCCAUUAGUUUGGCUUCCAUGCUUGUGACGUCACUAUUGGUUCCAGUGACUGGCGAGCGAGUGGCUAUCACCAUUGGCUCCCUCGGAAAUUCACUUUGUACAAUUUUCAUCGGCAUGUCGCCCAACGUUGGGGUAUUUAUGAUGCUUAUGACCGCCAAAGGUAUAUGUUUAGGAGUGACUUUCGUUCCAGCGAUUUCCAUGAUCAGCCAAUACUUUGUCAGACGUCGGUCUCUGGCCACGGCCUUGGCCAACUGUGGGAUCAGUGUGGGCAACAUGGCCGCCCCGCCUCUGGUGAGAGCUCUUGUGGAGGCGUAUGGUCUGAGGGGGACGUUCAUAAUCUUUGGAGCUCUCCAACUGCACACAGUCGCCGCUGCCCUUCUCAUGCGUCCCCUGAGUCAGUACAGCGCCGUAGUCAACCCAGCUUCAGUCGAAAAAAGAAAAGAAAGUUCAGUGCCCUUGGCAGACGCGACGAACACAGUGGAGGAAGUGCACGACACUAUGGACCCUGACACUGAACAGAGUAACGCCACAGCGACCUCACGUCUUGCUGCUACACCCCCUGAGAACGUCAGAACAUUCAGACAAUCGUCUGUUCUUCAGAACAAGGAGAAGGAGGAGGAGAGUGAGGAGGAGAAAAAUGAAGAGGAUGGAAGAGGCGGGGUGAAUGGAGGUAUAAAGGAAUCCCUUUUGUUGCCGUCAUCACAGGGCCAUGAAGAGAUCGUCACUUCCAAAGACACCUUGCGUGUCGAUUCCAAAGGACAGGAUUUCCCCCAAGGACGAAAUCCCAUUGAUAAAACUCGCCUGCACAUGAGUCGACGCAGCCCCUGCCAAGUCCAGAAGAUGCAUUUAUCAAAAGAAAGAUUGGACAUUGCUAACCGUGAUGUAUGUCAGCAAAUCUCUGAAAGUCCCUAUGAAGACAGCGAGCUCAUGGCCGAGAAAGCUGGUUCGUUGGAAGGUGCAGUGGAUGUCUUCGGCUCAGACUGUUCUGAUUUGAGCUGUAGGUCUCAGGUGAAGGGAAGCCUCCUUGUAUCGCUAGAGGGUCCGAGACUUCGGUCUGCUAGUGCUAACGAAGAGUUGUCAAUUCAACGAUGUUUGCGCUCUGCUGCUUUGGUUUCUCCAUCAGGGACAAGACCUGCGAGACCUCCUUUUGUCAGACAACUUUCAGUUGACUCCUCGGUCAAACCCAAUGCUAAACAUCAGUUAGCCUCCUUGAAUUUCCAGGCGAAUGGAAGCAAGGGACACAAUGAGUUACGUAUUCCUGAGCACGGUGUUAGCAUACACAUAAAUCACGAAACUAGCCUUUUGGAAAAUGGCAGGAAUCGUUCUAGUGCUGGUAGCAGACCCGAUAUGGCAGAAAUCCAAUCCUCUCGGGAAAUAAUCCCCGUUCAGCGAGUAAGCCUACCGGUGUUUAAGUCAAGCAGUUGGAGCAUAGUCAGCGCUCCUUUAGGUGACCUGGCAGUGGACGUAGAAGUUUGUGCAAUGGAGUCUCAAAGUCGGAUACAAAUGACGGGGAAUUCGGCAGCUGUUGGUUCAGUGACAGUAGACGAAAUAUUAAGCCCUCACUAUCCAAAGCCAACGCUUUGGCAAAGGACGAAGGGGAUUUUUCAGGAAACCUUUAACCUGAAAUUGUUGAAAAGCUGGGCGCUACGGACGUUACUGCUGUCGUCCGUGACGGGUAUCUUGAUACAGUAUGUCGUCACCUAUCUCCCCACCAUCGCAGCCAAGCAGGGCAAGAUAGGGGCGGAGCCAGUGUCGCUCCUCCUCACGGUGGGUGGGGCUGUAGAUCUGGGUAGUCGGAUUGCUAUUGGUGCUUUCACGGACACACAUUUGCUGAAACCUACUCAAAUUGUGGCGAUAACCCAGCUGAUCAUGGGUAAGGAGGAUCUAUAUAACGUGGUGUAUUGUAUUAAAAGUAAGAAAGAAAAAGAGAGAGAGAGAGAGAGAGAGAGAGAGAGAGAAGGAGAGAGAGAGACAGAGAGACAGAGAGAGAGAGACAGAGAGAGAAAAAUAUAAUUAUCAAAAAGGUAUUUGAAUAAGAAAUAAAUAGUGUUGAAUAUAAGCACAGGAAUGAGCUCUGUUUAGCCAACGUGUUCUUUUUAUCGUUCCUAAUAAAAAGCACCAUUUAGUGUACGGACCUCAUGCACACUAUUAUUCUACAGCAAAAAUAGAAAUAUCACCAUCAAUAACAACAUCUACAAUAACAACAACAUCUACAAUAUCAACAACAACAGCAACA